AUGGCAGACCGCAACAGUGACGAGCCACAGAGAUCAGAUCCAGAACCUUCAUCGCCGUCUGAGGCGCAACAAUCUGAUCCUAACGCUAGGCAUACUAGGAAUGUAACUGUGACCAUUCAGUACGCUGUCUUGAACGGUGGGAGAUUGGCUACUGACGGGAACGAUCCAAGCGAAAUUCUGAGCAGGGUGCCAUUCGUAUUGAACUUCACGGAUGUUCCGUCCACUGCAACUCAAGAACGACUAGAGCAAGUCGUUUCACUAGCAUCCAACGUGGCCAUAAGUCGUCUGCAUCGUAGAUUCAGCCGUCCAAAGGGUAUCUCGAGAGAGGCCUUUGAAAAGUUGCCGGUGCUUAAUGUGGAACAAGUGACUCAGGACUGCUGCAGUAUAUGCUAUGACGACUUUGUAGAGGAGUUAGAACGGCCCAAAUCUUUGUUAGUGGGAAACAAGAAGAGAGAUCGGUGCUCGAUGGGUAGUAUAGAUGACUCAAGUGAGGCAAAAAGAUCACGGGUCCAUUUAGAGAACUUAACUGAGAUGGAGAGCCCAGUUAACGCAUCUGACCCACAACCUGCUGAGGAAACUUUACAAGAGUCUGCUCGGGACUCUGUUCAGGAUUCCCUUCAUGAAUCAGUUGAGGCCGAAUCUGCGGCUAAAGACUCUAAUCCCGUCACGUACAAACAUUCGCCUGUUAAGCUUCCUUGCGGUCAUGUUUUUGGUCGCGAGUGCAUAAGACAGUGGACACAGGAACAUAAUUCUUGUCCAAUAUGUCGAGCCUCGAUUGUAGAUGCACAAGGCCUCAACAGCCCUCCUAUUAAUGAAGAAGAGGAAAACAUUAUGGACCAACAAACUUUUGAGAGAAUUAGAACCAUUCUAUAUGGUUCUUCAGCGGAGCCAGAAUCUGCCCCUCACCUAGGUGCCAAUCGGCCUGCUAACGAAACCUCACCCACAAAUUUAGGGUCUAUAUCCGACGCGGCGGGCUCUUUGUCAAACUUCAUUGUUCUUAGACCACCUCGCGCUCCUGCUUCGAAUGGCGCCGACUCAGAGACUAAUACUAGGUCCGGCGACCAGCAUGUAUCGAGGGAUACAAAUGUUGAACGCACCACAGAGAUGAGCCCUGGAUUUGUCCCAAGCAAUGGAUUGGUCUCAAACGGCACAAGAUCGGGUGGUAUUAGUCUACUGCCCAUCACUUUUAUUAAUCUUCGUAGACGAAACUCAGCACAGUCACCGGACGCAGAAGGAACCGCCAACGAAGAACAGUCACCUCAAGCUAAUAGCCAACAAACUUCUGGGGAGGUCGAUUCUGACCUUCUCAAUAGAUCUACAGCGCCAUCACUCUCUUCCAACCUGGGUCCCAACUCCGGAAUGGGUCGAGGCACGCACCCCUUGACUACUGAUAACUCUGCAGAAACCAACAGGCUCAUGACCGUUUUGGAUCAUAUUUUCAGCAUUACCAAUGGAAACAGGCCAAGAACCGAUCCAACCGCCAGAUCUGAAACUUCGCCCGCUUUGAAUGUCUCCUCUGAUGUCCCAAUUGCUUCGCUCGCUUCGAAUGAAGAACAUCAAAGAGCAGGCGCUAAUAUUGCAAACAAUAAUAGACCUGAACCUCGCAGAGGCUUCAACUUUAACAGCUUUUUCAGGAUGGCUAGAAAUACAGUCAAUCCUAAUCAAGGCGAAAGCGCACUCCCUCUUGGUGUCUCGACUCAGAUGUUUAGUACGGGUGUCGCAAGCCAUAGAAGCGAAGAAGGUGUCUCUACUGUCAACUUCAACGGGGAAAUUCCGGCCCCUCCAAUGCAAUCUCAACAUCAUCAGGAGAACCAUCAUGAAUUUCAGACCACUGAGUCCGGGCAAGCGAAUUCAGACACACAUAUUUCAGACUCCGAAAGAUCCUAUCCAUCACGAACAGAUCAAACCGAUAAUAAUCCUAAUUGA